CAGUUUCCGGGCUGGGCUGAGCGCCUUGUUCUUCGCCAUGGGGUCUUGGCAGCGUUUGCUGCUUUUUGGUGGGGUGUCGCUUCGGGGUGGUGGCGGGGCCCGUUCCCCGCUUGGGGGAAGCGGAGUGUUGGUUUGUCGGCGCCAGUUAUCUGACGCUGAGAAUGAGACCCUAAAACAAAGAAGAACACAAAUCAUGUCCCGAGGACUUCCAAAGCAGAAACCCAUAGAAGGUGUUAAACAAGUUAUAGUUGUGGCUUCUGGAAAGGGUGGAGUUGGAAAGUCUACUACAGCAGUGAACCUUGCACUUGCAAUGGCAGCGAAUGAUUCGUCAAAGACAGUUGGUUUGUUAGAUGUGGAUGUGUAUGGCCCUUCAAUUCCAAAGAUGAUGAAUCUGAAAGGAAAUCCAGAAUUAUCACAGAGUAACCUAAUGAGGCCUCUUUUGAAUUAUGGUAUAGCUUGUAUGUCCAUGGGUUUUCUAGUUGAAGAGACGGCACCAGUCGUCUGGAGAGGACUUAUGGUAAUGUCCGCCAUUGAGAAACUGUUGAGGCAGGUAGAUUGGGGUCAACUGGACUAUUUAGUUGUUGACAUGCCACCAGGAACUGGAGAUGUGCAGUUAUCAGUCUCCCAGAAUGUUCCCAUUUCAGGUGCUGUGAUUGUCUCCACGCCCCAGGACAUUGCACUGAUGGACGCACACAAGGGCGCUGAGAUGUUUCGCAAAGUCCAUGUACCUGUUCUGGGCCUUGUCCAAAAUAUGAGUGUUUUCCAGUGUCCAAAAUGUAAACACAAAACUCAUAUUUUUGGUGCUGACGGUGCAAGGAGACUCGCACGGACCCUUGAUCUUGAUGUCCUAGGAGACAUUCCCUUACAUCUUAAUAUAAGGGAAGCUUCAGAUACAGGCCAGCCGAUUGUGUUUUCACAGCCUGAAAGUGAUGAGGCCAAAGCUUACCUGCAGAUCGCUGCUGAAGUGGUACGAAGAUUGCCACCACCUCUGCAGUGAUUCCCUGAGUGUCCUGGAAACUUACCUGCUGCUUGACAGUGCGAAGACCUUUGGAAAUCAACAGUGUGGUGGUAAAGCCUACAGAAACAACAGCAAUCAUAGUUAUUUUCUUGUAUUUCUAAGGAAAUAAUGUCUCAUUUUAAGGUUUGAUUUGCUAAGCAGUAAAAUUUUUACAUAUCAAUGCUAACUGCUACAUUUAGGAAUUUUUUGAAAACUGAUGUGUACCAACUGAACAGAACUACAUUUUAUUUUAUUGAACUACCCCUUGAGGAAUCGUGAAUUUGUAUAACAAGCCCAACCUUCAAUUCAGGGGGAAACUGUGCUCAUUUCUCAGGACUGCAGAGCUAGUCAUUUAAAAUAUUUACUAAAUUUGUGUAAGGACAUAAGUGUGACACCCUUCCAUCAGGCAGUUUGGUCUGGGUUUGAAUCCUGCCUCGAAUACUAUCUUGGACACAUUCUUAAUAUAGAUUAAACCUCUACUUCUUCAUUUGGACCAGACUCCAUCCUCGACUUAAUGAAUCUGAAUCUCCAGGGGUGGGACAUGGACAUAUGUAUUUUUAACAAGAUCAUAAAGAUUUUGAUGAUUCUCAUAAUGACGGCAAUAAUAGUAAUAAUAAAGGCCAACGUUUAUCAUGUGUUUUCAUGUGUCCUUAUAGUUAAUCUUCCUUUUAUAUAAGUGGAGUACUAUUAUUAUCUCCGUUUUACAGAUGAAGAAACUGAGGUAUGGGAAAGUUAAAUGUCUUGCUGAGGGUUCCUAUUUCAGUAAGGGAUGGAGCUGGGGGAUUUAAACUUUGGCAGUUGGAUACUGAAUCCCUCCUUUUAUACACCAAAGGGCAUUUGUUUAUUUCAAAACAAAUAUAGUAUUCAGUAUUUCCUUGAACUCAUUUGAUCACCCCACCCCCUUUUAAGACCAUUUUAUGGAGUUCAAUUUUCAAAGAAUAUGCUUUGAAAAACAUGUGUCUUGUCUAGUUGAGGCUUAUAAAGUCAAGGGCUUCCCAAGGUCAAGAAGCAAGAUAGUUGUAAAGCUGCAAGUACUGGUAAGAGUCAUUAGUUAAUCCUCGAUUUCAAGGAAGUGGUCUAUGACCUUUGGCAAAUGCCUUGAUGUCCUUUCCUCUGUAGUUAAGGAUCCAGAAAAUCAGGCAAAGAGUUACAUGUCAUUAUAAACAUGUGUUCACACACUUGUGUUCACAUGGUUGUUUAUAGCAGCUUUAUUUGUAAUAGCCAAAACAACCCAGAGUUUUUCAGUGAGUGAAUGGUUAAACAAACAGUGGUAUAUCUAUACCAUGGAAUACUCAGCAAUAAAAAAGAAUAAACUUUUGGAUAUGUUCUACAUCCUGAAUAAAUUCCAGAGAAUUGGGAUUAGAAUGGAAAAGCUAAUCCCAAACUGUUAUGGACCAAAUGGUUCCAUUUAUAUAACAUUCUUGAAAUGACAAAAUUAUAGAAAUGGA